AUGGAGUCCAAGCCAAGUUGCAGAUUCUUCCCAUGUGUCCCUGUUCAAGAUGAAAAGAAGCAGGACAUGAUUCACCGGAUGGGUGAAAUAUACUCCAAUGCUUAUUGUACCAUCAUUGCGGCUGGUGGUAAGGACGCUCAGGCAGGGCUGCCUGGUGUUUCGAGUUGGCAUCGUCGUCCGCAACAGAAAUUGAGCUUCAAAGGCGUCACUCUGACCCGUUCUCCCAUACUUAACAACGACUUCUUGGAUUUGGUUCAGUCCAGCAAGUGGGCGACAAGAGGCUGGACCUUCCAAGAGUGUCAUCUAUCCAAGAGGCGCAUCGUUUUCACGGAGGAUCGAGUUCUUUAUCUAUGCAACAAGGAGUUUGUCCCAGAACCGUUUGAGAACACAGUCCCACCUAAUGAACGGGGUGACAUAACAACAUUUCGAGCCUUCAUACCGUCUGGCUUGCGCCGUCAUCACCUAGAUAAUGUCAACGAUCUUAGAAACCAUAUUGUGGAGUACACUUGGAGGGAGCUCACCUUCGAAAAAGACUCGAUGAACGCUUUUCUAGGCGUGCUGCACUUCUACACCAGUCACGCUUUCUCAAUGACUCACCUGUGGGGCUUACCGGUCUACAGAUGCCGGCACUCAACAGAAUUAGCCCCAAAGUUCCGGUUUGAGUUAUUCUGGAGACACGAUGCUCCUGCGACCCGAAGGCGUGGAUUUCCGAGUUGGACAUGGGCGGGAUGGGACGGCCCUAUUCAAUUCCAUGGCUGUUUCCAUCCUGAUGGAUCGAGCCAGAAGUUGCAAGUCCUCGCCAUCUCUACUUACGCUUGGCCCGAGAAGACUGUUGGUGUCAUGCAACGUUCUGGAAGUACGACUGCAACAUUUCCGGCCGACUGCGCUGAGCAGUCUCGCAUGACUAUGUAUUCAGGCGAACGCCUUGCCGUUUUCCAGGCCUUUCACGGCGUCUACAUGGCCGUUGAGCCCUGUUUGGACCUUGAAAUGGAACAUUUGGAUGAUAUUUCCGGUCUCUAUUUCCCCUCUGAGCCAUUUUCAGUCAAAGACGUUUCCUAUAGUGGUCUUGGCCGUCUUCUACUUGUGAGGCGUGUUAUCGACGACUAUGAGCGUGUAGGGAUCGUGGAGUGGUCGUUUCGUCCGCACGGUCUUCCGAUGCUGUUUGUUGACGGGAACGAUAGAAUGCUGGACUUAGUCACCCUACCAGACGAUGAUGAUUUAUUCUAUAGUGUUUCAGAGGAGAAGACAAUCUGGCAACUGCACCCUAGGAUUGGACGCACCAAGUAUACAGUUGGAGAACGACCAAAACAGUACUUUGGCACAUACUCGACCCAGAUGCGCCAGGUCAGGGGUAUCUGCAGGGCGACCUUGUGCGAUGCGGAGUCCAGGCCCAGCUCCGAUGGUGGUCUGGACACCACUGCCGUUUGCAGGCGUUACAUCCAGUCCGAGGAAGGGGCUGUGUUCUCUUUUCGUUGCAGUGUCAGGGCUGGUGAGUCAGCGGCCAGGGAAUGGCUCAAAACUCCAUCGAAUGCAAUUCUUUUUGAGGUGAACAUCGAUGAUCGCGAGGGACUGAAAUCUGUGGCACGCUACGUGGAGCUUGCGGCCCCUUCAACUACCAUUAGAGCCUUGCCGGACAUAGCGAACGACCAGCAGAGGUGGUUCCGAUUCACCUCCAUACCAACUGACGAGAACUGCUCCAAAGAAGAAUGGACUCGGGACCUCGACCUCGCUAGGCGCAUGGGAAUGUUCAGGAUCCGAGCCUGGCGAGUCGUGAAAGAUGGCCUGGUCAAAGAAAAGCCAAAGCGGCAGCCUUACCGAGCAUCAGACCUCGAGAUCCCGAAGCCGCUGGCGGAAAAGGCCCUCACCAAGUUGCGAGAAGAUGAAGGGAGGAUGAUCUCCCACGAAGCCAGAUUGUCUUCUCCCGUGGACCUUGAACCCGAAUUUACGGGAUCGUGGAUCGAGUGGAGCAGGUCCGAUCAGACGCCGCUUGCGGAGUUCGUGUUCCAGUAUCGCUCCGAAGCUGAUUUGCGGCGGGAACGCAUCCUUCCUCGACCGAGUCGAAGCGACCGCGUCACGCUGUCUGGCAGCCCUCUCGAGAGAUCCAGGCAGGUCAAGCCGCCGGCUCGUGGUGGUGACCAAACCAGGGUGUCGUUGAAGCGAAGUCCUGGUUUGGUGGACGACAAGUGCGGCGGAAUCAGUCACCACCGCCCUCACAAGCGAGUCAAGGCCUUGGUGGCAGAGAUUAUCGAUCUCACCAGUGAAGACUAA